GCAUGAACGAAUACAUACUAGAAGACCUUACCAUGUGGAUGGAGCUGACAAGUACUCGCUAGAUGAUGACCUGGUAAAUCUAGAGGUUCUAGAUGAGGAUACAAUUAUCCGUCAACUGCAGAAACGCUAUGCUGACUUACAAAUUUAUACUUAUGUUGGAGACAUCUUAAUAGCCUUAAACCCUUUUCAGAAUCUCAGCAUUUAUUCUCCACAGUUCUCCAAGCUUUAUCAUGGUGUGAAGCGCUCAUCCAACCCCCCCCACAUAUUUGCCUCUGCGGAUGCUGCCUACCAAAGUAUGGUUACAUCCAGCAAAGAUCAGUGCAUUAUCAUCAGCGGGGAAAGUGGUGCUGGAAAGACAGAAAGUGCCCAUCUGAUUGUCCAGCAUUUGACCUUCUUGGGAAAGGCCAAUAACCGUGCUUUGCGUGAGAAAAUUCUUCAGGUGAAUCCUCUGGUUGAAGCAUUUGGGAAUGCCUGCACUGCCAUCAAUGACAACUCAAGUCGCUUUGGAAAAUAUCUGGAAAUGAUGUUUACGCCCACAGGAGCUGUAAUGGGGGCAAAGAUUUCUGAGUAUCUACUUGAAAAAUCAAGGGUCAUAAAACAGGCUGUGGGGGAGAAAAAUUUCCAUAUAUUUUAUUAUAUUUAUGCUGGCCUUUAUCAUCAGAAGAAACUUUCUGAAUAUAGGCUUCCUGAAAAAAAGCCUCCUAGAUAUAUUGAUAAUGACACUGGAAGAGUAAUGCAGGAUAUUAUUGCUAAAGAUUCCUAUGGAAGACAAUUUGAAGCCAUUCAGCAUUGCUUUAGAAUUAUAGGAUUCACUGAUGAGGAAGUGUACUCAGUGUACAGAAUUCUGAGUGGGAUCUUAAAUACUGGAAACAUUGAGUUUGCUGCCAUUUCUUCACAACAUCAGACAGAUAAAAGUGAGGUUCCCAACCCAGAAGCCUUAGAUAAUGCUGCUGCACUGCUAAGCAUUGGGUCAGAAGAGCUUCAAGAGGCCCUAACCUCCCACUGUGUUGUAACACGAGGGGAGACUAUUAUCCGAACAAACACUGUGGACAAAGCAGCUGAUGUGCGAGAUGCCAUGUCUAAAGCGCUUUAUGGCCGGCUCUUCAGCUGGAUCGUAAAUCGUAUUAAUACGCUGCUGCAGCCAGAUAAAAAUAUAUGCAGUGUUGAAAAUGGGAUGAAUGUUGGGAUACUAGAUAUUUUUGGAUUUGAGAACUUCACAAGAAAUUCAUUUGAACAGCUGUGCAUAAAUAUUGCUAAUGAACAGAUCCAGUUUUACUUCAAUCAGCAUAUCUUUGCACUUGAGCAGAUGGAGUAUCAGAAUGAGGGAAUUGAUGCUACUACAGUGGAGUAUGAGGACAACCGCCCACUUCUAGAUAUGUUCCUCCAGAAACCCGUGGGUCUCCUUUCUCUACUAGAUGAAGAAAGUCGAUUUCCUCAGGCAACAGACUUGACUUUAGUUGAUAAAUUUGAAGAUAAUUUACGAUGCAAAUACUUUUGGAGACCAAAAGGAGUAGAAUUGUCAUUUGGUAUUCAGCACUAUGCCGGAAAGGUAUUAUAUGAUGCCUGUGCGUUCCUUAGCAGAUGCACUCUGCCGGCGGACAUAGGGGUGGUUUUGCGAACAUCAGAGAACAAACUUCUUCAGCAGCUGUUCUCUAGCCCGUUAACCAAAACAGGUAACUUGGCACAGGCAAGAGCCAGAGUGACAGCGGCAUCUAGGUCUUUGCCUCCACAGCUUAGUGCUGGGCGUAUCAAGUCUCCUAAAUAUCUCCUGAAGGUUGACACGAUGGAGGUGAUGCGACACCCUGAGGAAACAACUAACAUGAAGCGACAAACUAUGGCUUCCUAUUUUAGGUAUUCCCUCAUGGAUCUUUUAUCCAAAAUGGUUGUUGGACAGCCCCACUUUAUCCGCUGCAUUAAACCUAAUGAUGAUCGAGAAGCACUGGCGUUCUCUCAUAAGAGAGUUCUAGUGCAGCUAAGAUACACAGGGAUUCUAGAAACUGUCAAAAUACGUCAACAAGGGUAUUCUCAUCGCAUCCUCUUUGAAGAGUUUGUGAAAAGGUAUUACUACCUUGCUUUCAGGGCACAUGAGACUCCGCUUGGUAGCAGAGAAAAUUGUCUUGCCAUUUUGGAGAAAUCUAAACUAGACAACUGUAUUCUUGGGAAAACCAAGGUUUUUCUAAAGUAUUACCAUAUAGAGCAGUUAAAUUUGUUCCUGCGGGAAGUUAUAGGCAGGGUUGUAGUCAUGCAAGCCUAUAUCAAGGGAUGGCUUGGAGCAAGGAGGUACAAGAAAGUCAAAGGGAAAAGAGAAAAUAGUGCUGUUGCCAUACAGUCAGCCUGGAGAGGAUAUGAAGCUCGCAGGAAAUACAAGGAAAUAAGGAACAGAAGAACUGAUGCUGCUAUACAUAUUCAAGCAGCUUUCAGGGGAUAUAUUGUUCGUAAAAACUGCACAAGAUUGAAAAACAGGAUUGGUUGUGUAGCAGAUCCUCAGCAUAUGAGCAGCUGCUUUACUUCUGAUUUUGACUGUGAGGAGCGCUGGCAGCAAACCAGUAACCAGUGUUCUCCUGUGGUGCCUGGUUUUCUUGACAAACAAAGAAAAAAGAAGGAUUUGGAUGAGAUUCCUGCUUCUCCGUUUAUUCUAAAACAUCCGUUUGAAAUGAAUGAUGCACGGUCCAUUAGCCAAUCCCAGUCAGUUGCAGACCGUCAGUUACCAAGUCCCUUGAGACCCCAUAAGAAAGAAGGUUCAGAAAACUGUCUUGAACAGAAGCUGAGAACACCUCGUCGUCGAUGUCAGCAGCCCAAAAUGCUGAAUAGCCCUGAGGACAACAUGUACUAUAACCAGUUAAAUGGAACUCUAGAAUAUCAAGGGAGCAAGAGGAAGCCAAGAAAACUUGGCCAAAUCAAAGUGCUUGAUGGAGAGGAUGAGUACUACAAAUCACUGUCAGCUGUGGAAUCUAUACCUGAAGAUGACAGCUCCCUCAAUUCCCCAUCUCCUUCUCCUUCAAGAGGAGUGUCUUUUGCUCAGAGCUGAACUUCACUUAUUCUGUUGUCUAAUGCUGGUUCUUGGAAUGCCAGAAGUGAUCAUUCCAGAAGAGAUUGCCGUUGCUCCUAACAGUGAAGAACUUGCUAUUCUGCAGUCGUAAAACGUCACAUAAUUCACAGAAUUACAAAAUCACAGCAUCUUUGCGGUUGGAAGGAACAGCUGGAGAUCAUCUGGUCCAACAGCCCUGCUCAAGUAGAAUCACCUGGAUCAGGUUGCCCAGGACUGUGUCCUGUUGGGUUUUGAGUAUCUCCAAGGAUGGAGACUCCACAACCUCUCUGGGCAAUCUGUUCCAGCGCAAUUCUUCAUAGUUACCUUGUCUGGGAUCUGUCAGACAGUGGAAAAGAGACUGCAUGGCCUACAGCCUCCUUGUACUUCUAGAGCAUUCUUGUUCCCAGUUCCUCUCCUUGAAUGACGAAAGUAGUUCAGUGAACGAGGAGGAGCUGUAUACUCUCUAUUCUCUCCUGGAUGAGUUGUACGCUGCUUUUAUCCACAGUAUGGGCCAAGUUACCUGCCUUAUGUAAGGUUUGAAAAAACUAUUGUAGACUCAAAUGUGAUUUUAAUAAGAUGCAGGAGAUAUCUGUAAGUGGCUCUAGAGUGGGAUAUGUGGAAGUUAUAAAAGAGAAGCUUAAUUUUCUGUUUCUCUAAUGAUGAAAAGAAGAGUAUGUAUUAGACACAUUUUUAAGUCAUUUUGUAUUUGUUCUGAGUUGCUCUGUUGGGUUGAUGCACUAGUACCACGUAAUAAGCCUGCACUGAUGAAGGUUUGCUGAUACUGGAAAAUGAAGGCUAUUGGAAACAAUAAUUACAAAUUCUAGCACCUCGUGAAUACUACAGAGCAUAACAGCAGCAUUCGUGUGGCUUGCUUACUAAGGAAUCCACUGAGAAAUAUGUUUAUGCACAUAUUUAAGUUUCAGUGAUCUGAAUAGGACAUAAUAUCAUACUGCAGUUCUUUACAUAGUAGAGUGGAAAGUAAGUAAGUAAGUAAGUAUGUGCUGAAAUGCUUUGCAGGACGUGAAGGCCCCAGGGAAGAAGUUCAACUUGAGAGCUUAUGCAAACACUAGGAUAUUCCUGCUUCACUUCCUUUAUUCUUUUGGGUUUUUUGAGUUAGCUGUUAAGUCUAAAUUAAUAAAUUGCUUCAGUAACGGCAGGUCAGCAAAAACACAGGGUUAAUUAUUAAAUUAAAAAAUUAAGAGAUUAACAAAAAUUUACUUUGUUUUGAAGUUGUAUGUGUACUUAUACAAAAUUAUGGUAGUCUAGUGUUCAAAAAGUUAUUUACAGGGCGGAUUUUUUCUAUUAUCUAUUAGGCACGCUUGUUUAAAAAGGACAGACACCAAGAAGGUAAGUGUCAGCUUACU